AUGUUUCACACAACAACUCUGUUUCCCGCGAAAACAACACCUAUCCAACUAGAAGAUGCUGAGUCUGCUGCAAAACCACAACGCCUCAAACCCACUUAUUAUAACGACGACGACGACAACCAGGUUGCAAACAAGAGACUUAAAGAUGUUGAGAUCAGCGUUCCGGUGGUAUAUGGAACUAUGGCAUUUUACCUUGGUAGAAAGGCCAAUGAGUUACAGUCUCAUAAAUGGACAGUGUAUUUACGCGGGGCGACUAAUGAGGAUCUUAGUGUAGUGAUCAAACAAGUUGUGUUUCAAUUGCAUCCUAGUUUUGAUAACCCUAUAAGAGUUGUUGAGUCUCCGCCUUUUGAGUUAUCCGAAUGUGGUUGGGGUGAAUUUGAAAUUGGUAUCUCCAUACUUUUCCAUGAUGAUGUCUGUGAUAAGCACGUGGACAUGUUCCACUUAUUGAAGUUGUAUCCUGAUGCUGAAAGUGGUCCACAGUCAACCAAGAAACCUGUUGUUGUGGAAACUUAUAAUGAGAUUGUCUUUCCUGAUCCUUUGGAGAAUUUUUUGGCUCGUGUGCUGAAUCAUCCUGCUGUAUGUGUGCCACGACUUCCUGCUGGAUUUAACUUGCCUCCUUCUGUUCCAUGCCCAAAUAUGAAUGUGAGAGGGAAAGGUGAUACCAAAAACCAUCCAUUGAAUCACUGGUUUGUUAAUUUUUCAGAGGCAGAUGAGCUUUUGAAACUUGCAUCUGCUCGUCAGCAGGUGCAAGCUCAUAUUCUUAAGCUGAGAAGACAAUUGAGUGUGUUAGAUGGACCACCUCAACCAUCAAAACUAGCCUACGAAAAAGGAUGUUUGAGUAGAAGAUCUAAUACUUUUUGUGAAUUGAUAAUGCCUCGUGAUCAGUCCAUCUCUGGUCGAGGUGGCUCUAUCAGCUCUGGUAGGGAUAUUGGACAUCUCUAUCUAUCCAUACAGCACAAGUUUCUGGUUUGGGGGAAUGUGGAAGAAAACAAAAGAGAUGCAGAAGAAGCAGAUAGAGCUAGCCUUGCGAGCCUUAGAACACGGGGAUAA